AUGUACGUCUACCCUGACGGGGAAAGUAGUACUGACAAAAUUAUUGCUGAUGCAUUACUUUGGGCCCCAAUCAUUCCCAAAAAUAUAAUUGUAAAAGUUGUUGGUCAUUAAGAAAGUAAACCUAUAAAAUCUGUUCUGAUGGAAGGUUUGUCAAAACUUCUAAAGCAACCAGAGUUUAAAUAUAUUGCAUCGAUUCAUACUUAGAAUGAUGUUGUAUUAACUAAUGACGAUGCUAACAUAAUAUUUGCAAACUUAAAGAAGUGUUAAGAAAUACAUAAGGAAUCUAAUAUCUAUUGGGCUAGUGUCCAUAUUGAUGCAGAGCCAGUAUAUAAUCGGGAUUCUGGUCUAAAUAAUGUUAAUUUUCUUAUAUAUCUUGGGAGCCUAAUUAAUGAUCAAUUGGGACUUCCAUUAACUAUAUAUUUCAGCCCUGCUAAGUUUGGUAAUAGGUAAAAUGGAAUUUAUGAAAAUGAUAAUGCUUCAUUCAAUAGGCUAAUGGAAUACAUUAAAGUAUUUUCAGGCAAUCAGAUAUGGUUACCAGCCUAUUCUUAUGAUCCAGUUAGAAUAGAUGAUAUUGAAGAAAGUGUGAGAGUGAUGCGGGAAGCUAAUGCAAGUUACCAACUAAUUUUGGAUACCAAAAAUCCUGCUAAACUUAAAAAGAGAAUAGAAGAAAUAAAAACAAAAGGACUGAAUUCAGCAGAAGGUAUUUGCACAUAUUGUGUAGGUAAUAAUGGUAAUGAGAACUUAAAUUAAUCUCUUUACUAUAUUGAUCACUUCGAUGAUUGA